CAGUGAUCGUGGGUGCUUCUUAUUGAGACAUGCUCUAUACAGGCGUAGACGGUAAGAUGACAGACUUGUCUUCAGAUUACGCUCACUCAACUCAUCACCUGCCAGUUACAUUUAUGCGCCGAUCUUGAACCAAACACAGCACAAGGUUCGUCGAACUAAUAUUCCCGUACUAUAGAGCUGAUCAGUUCAUGAAGAUAGCUGCACAUUGCUUUUCUACUCUUUUUGAAAGUGCACUGCUUGGGCUCAUUUCUUAUCUCUUGUAAUAUUAGUCUGUGGUCCUCGUCACAUGUUAUACCUGGGAUAACUUGACUGGACUCGUCACUCGCGACCAUCAUGUCUAUAACCGUGAAAGUCCUUAGAACACAGGAUCUAUAGCAUCUCCGUUGGAGCUAUGAAACAUUUAUCUAGGGGUCUCUGUUUCCAGUUUGAUCGAAUAAGGACUAGAUCUAGAGAACCACUGGAAAGAACCCGUGAAAGAGAUCUCGUGUAAAUCAUCUAAAAAGUGAACUCUGCAUUCGAUGGGAAAAUUGUUGGUGCAAUCAUGUUGCAUUUACCAAGCAGUCUGUUAUUGUGGACGAUACCAUGGAUUCUACCGCAGAUCAAAGGAACUCUUCAAGAUAAAAAUCUGAUCCAUUGUAACUUCGAGCAGCUGGACCUGUGCCCAUUUGAGCAGGACCCGAAUGAUGAGUUAGACUGGGAUCUCUACCACUCUCCUCCAAUGUCACCUCUAAUACAUGGACCUUACCCUGAUCAUACGUACGGACAAGUCAUGGGCUUUGGGGAAGAUGUUGUGGUGGCUAACAUCAUAUCUCGUCAAACAAGACACUACGCGAGACUGGCCUCUCCUCCUAACACGACCGGUGGUGACGCUCGAAUCAUGACCCCUCAUCUCAAGCUCACUGAUGGAAUCGCUGAACUAUCCUUCUACUACCACAUGUUUGAUCCUGUACCAAGCGACUUCAAGGGGACCAUCAAUGUGUAUGGGUGUAACCGAGACCUGGUGUGGAGCAGAUCAGUUAAUCUGGGCAACUUCUGGGUGAAGGCUACUGUCAGGAUAUCAUGCGAUUCACCUUUCAGAAUCAUUUUCGAGGGUGUGAUAGGUGCUAAAGACAGCGACCUAGCUAUUGAUGACGUCGACGUUACAGAUCGGUUCAACACCACCAAGCCUACAGCAGGUAAACCGAUGAAUCCUAAGGGUACCGAACCAGGUGGUUUUACCCCUCGGAGCUCCAACGGGGCUUCAACAGGUGGUAUCACACUCUAUCCUAACGGUGAACAUCCACCAAUAGGACCAGGAACUGAGGAUGUAGAUCCAGACAUAGCGUUAAGUCUAGUCACCGUAGCUGUUGCGCUUUUCGCUGCUACCUGUCUCAUGCUGCUUGUCACCGUUAUAAUCCAUUACAAAGUCUGCAAUCAGCGAAGGAAAAACCAUUACCCAUCACACAUCGUCUACCAUGGACCAUCCUACUAUAACAGAGAUGUGGAGCGUCAUGGUAAUGAAAGGGAAGGUUAUAUGACGCUUAACUUCGAUGGUAGUCGUGCAUCUUCAUCAGGAACAGCUGCUGAGCUUCUAACUAUGUCGGAUCGUCAUGACCUAGCAUCAAAGAAUGGUGAUCGUAUCUCACUAGCUAGCUUCACCAGGGCUAGCUCACUCUCAGAACAAAGACCUAGACUACCAACUAGAAGAGAAAGUAGAACUUUUCCUAUCGUUCGAGAACUCAAAAACCUUCUACAUGCAGUACAUAUGAGAAGGAUACGUACACUAAGCCAACAUCUCUCUGUUGCAGAGAUAGAAAUGUUACGUCACGAGUUAAGUAGUAGAUCAACCACUCCUGCGCAUCCAGAUGUGUCACAUGACCGAACAAUGUCAACUAUUCUCCUAGAUACGAGUGCAUCAACUAUGCGUCCAAUGAGUGAAAUAAGCGAGCAUUUUUAUUAUAGUCUAUUCCCUGAUCCUAACGGCGACGGUGGGGCUCGUAGUCCAGCUCAACGUCGACAUGAUGCCCGUACGCCUCUUGUGUCCGGUCGACCAGCACACACAUCGUCAACGAUGGCCGCUCACGGUGGGCCGUUAGUCGAUCGAACAGGUCGUACUGUAGGACAAAGCCAUGCAUCAUCGACAGGUGAAGAAGGGACACUUUCUACUAUCAUUCCAUCCGAAGAAAGCAGCGGUCCAAUAGAUGACGUGACAUCUACAACCAUUGCUGCUGGUGAUGACAUGGAAAUGGUGGAUAAUGAGAUCUAUGAAUCGUACACGGAGAAUGAAGUGUCUUGCUGAUAUUAUGACUUCUCAAUGACUUGAAGCAAAAAA